GCUAACAGCGGCCAGGAUGGUGUUAUGUCAUAUUCGUGCGACGGUACGGUUAGGCAAGCUGGUGACCAAAGCCGGCCCGCAAUGUUCGGCACUGCGGUCUCGCCUGUUCAGCAUUAGCAGUGUGGCCCUUAAAGAGCGACUCUUCACGGACAAACACGAAUGGGUGUCGGUGGACGGUGAAGUGGGCACGGUUGGCAUUUCGAACUUUGCACAGGAGGCACUCGGCGAUGUGGUGUUCGCACAGCUGCCCGAUCCCGGAACCAAAUUAUCGCAGAAGGAUGAAUGCGGCGCGCUGGAAAGUGUGAAGGCAGCGAGCGAAAUUUACUCACCCGUGUCCGGUGAGGUGACGGAGAAGAAUGGUGCCGUAGAGGAGACGCCCGGUUUGGUUAACUCGUCCUGUUACGAGAAUGGUUGGCUUUUCAAGCUGAAGCUCACAAAGCCGGACGAGCUGUCGAAGCUGAUGAGCGAAGAGCAGUACGCGGAAUUUUUGAAAACUGCUGCCCACUAGGCCCGGCAGUAUGGUGCAUGCAGCGAACAAAUGUGUGCCCGUUUAUCGUUACCUACCGUUUAAGUUCUACUGUAAAUGCCAAUGAAUAGUGAGUGUUUGAUUUGUGGUAAUAAAUAAAACAUUCUGUGUGUGAG